UUUAAGCUCAGUUUUGCUAAACCUCUUAAGCACACAACAACGCAAAAUGCUAUACCGCGAAAAGUUAAAAUGUUACCUCAUAAAGUUCUUCCUAUUAAUCAGUUUGGCAAUGCUCAUUGGCAAUGACUGGUGUGGGGCUCAUGCUAGAAAAGUUUUGUUAAUAAAAGAAACAAGUUCAAAUAAUCGAAGUACAACAUUGAAGUUGGUUCAUGUGCUUUUUCGACAUGGGCCACGAACACCUGUCAAUACGUAUCCCAAUGACCCAUACGUUAAUGAAACAUUCUUUCCCUACGGCUGGGGUCACUUAACUAACGAUGCCAAAAAGGAGCUAUUUACGAUGGGAAACUCGCUGGCCCUGCGAUAUCAAGACCUUACGAAGCCUUACUAUAAACCUGACAUGAUUUAUGCCCAAUCUUCAGAGUCGCCACGUACCAUGAUGUCAAUUUCUGUUCUUUUAGCUGGUCUUCUACCACCUGUUCAUACACCUAUGGAAUGGAAUUUUAAAUUAAAUUGGCAGCCAAUACCAAUUUUUGUAAAACCUGCAGAAUCAGACAUUUGGUUGCGCAUGACAGCCAAGUGCCCACGAUAUGAUCAAGCACUGGAGGAAGUUCUACAACAAACAGAAGUUAAACUGGAAUUAAAUAGAUAUGAAACUAUGUUCGAGGAACUAACCUACAUUACUGGCAAAAAUAUAAGUUCUGCUGCUGAUAUAAAUUCACUUUACAUAACUCUACUGGCAGAGCAAAUGUAUGGUUUGCAGCUACCUUCUUGGACUGAACAUUACUACCCGGAGCGUUUGCAAUAUUUGGCUGAACAAAAUUACAUUUACAAUGCCUAUACCAUGGAGAUGCAACGUAUCAAAAGCGGACCAUUUUUACAACAAAUAAUUCGUCAAAUGGAAGCAUAUGUUGAAGGUACUCUUAUACCAGAAGAACGAAAAAUAUUCAUCUAUUGUGGCCAUGAUUGGACAAUAACAAAUGUACUUUUGGCUCUCAAGGUGUGGAAGAGGCAAAUGCCUCGGUUUUCUGCUCUUAUUACCUUCGAAUUGCAUCAACGUGAAGAUACCAAGAAUUAUUUCGUAGAGCUUUAUUUUCAAAAUGAUCCUGAAUCUGAUCUGAAACCUUUGGUUUUACCUGGCUGCAAUUUUCAGUGUCCACUGGAUAAAUUUGUCCAACUAACCAAGGAAAUUAUACCCACACAAUCAUAUGAUGAAAUGUGCCGUCUUAAAUAAUAUUAUUGUUCCAAAAUGUUAAUACUUGUUGUUAAAAUACAUAAAAAAACUAUA